AAUCUGACCUUUUUUUCUCCAUCGUCUCUCCUCUCUGGUUAGAUCCCGGUUCUUUCCUAAUUCUAUGUGGCCACCUAUAAUAUAUAAAUAAUUAACUAUUUUGCUUCAAGAGAAAGAAAAAAAAAAACACCAGAAAAGAAUAGAAAAAUUGAAAAAAGACCGGCUGCUGUAUACACCAAAAACCAGAGAGAGAGAGAGAGAGAGAGAGAGAGAGGGAGUUCUGCUGAAUCAAUUUCAACUCCUAUAGAAUUUGCACGCAGAAAGUGUCUCCAAAGAAAUAUCACGCACAAGAUUGUUGUGGUCAAAUUCGUGGUUUUCAGAAACCAAUUAGUUUUUCUUUUAUUCGUUUUAAUUUGGAAUAAUUCGGUGGUUGUGAAUUUGGGGUUAGGAUAUUGAUUUUUGGGGUGUUUGUGUGAUCGGGUCUGAAUUUGAUUGAUUAGGAGAACUCUGUUGAAUGGGUCGUAGAGAGUUUCGUGUUUUGAUUAGAAAUUGAAGGCUUUGAAAGGUUGGGGUUGUGUGGAUGAUUUCUGUGGGGACUAGGGAUGCGAGGAAGGAGCUAGGGUUAGGGUUUGGUGGUGGGAGAGAGAUGGAGGAUACUGAGCUUGAAGAAGGCGAAGCUUGUUCUUCCCAUAUCAAUGAAUACGAUCCCAACAUCGACCCUGAUGUUGCUCUCUCUUACAUCGAUGAUAGGAUUCAAGAUGUUUUGGGACAGUUUCAGAAAGAUUUUGAAGGUGGGGUUUCUGCAGAAAAUUUGGGGGCAAAGUUUGGUGGGUAUGGCUCAUUUUUACCUUCCUAUCAGCGGUCUCCGGUGUGGUCCCAUUCGAGGACUCCACCAAAAGUUCACAACUACAGCUUACCCAAAUCUCCUUACAACGUGAAACUUGAGGGUGGUCAACGUAACAAUGUAAUUUGUUAUACUACGCCUCAGUCAGUGGGACUUGGGCCUGCUUCAACGGGUUCCACUUCGCUUGUUGCACCAAAGGCGCCAUCAGCGAACGAUCCAGUCAAACAAGAAGGAAGCAUGUCAUUAGAUCAAGCUGACCAGUACGCUUCCCGAUAUGAAUCUGCAAACAAGAAAGCUGUUAGUUUAUCUGACCAGAAAACACUGAAGGUGCGAAUUAAAGUGGGAUCGGAUAACUUGUCGACACGAAAAAAUGCUAUCUACAGUGGGCUUGGCCUUGAUGGCACACCCUCUUCCUCACUAGAUGAUAGCCCUUCUGAUAGUGAAGGAAUAUCUCAUGAGCCUCAGGAUGCCCCAUUUGAAUCUCCCACCAGUAUUCUUCAGAUUAUGACAUCCUUUCCGGUGGACGAUGGUAUGAUGUCACCUCUUCCUGACGACCUAAUUUACUUAACUGAAAAGGAAAAGCUCCUAAAAGAGGGUAGAUCUGUGACUCUUCCAAGGGAUGGCUGGGAAAUGUCUGGCUCCCUAGCGAAUGGAACUCAUACCAUGGAGGGUGGUGGGAAAUUGUCGGGGCAGAGGAAAACAAAAUCUGUUGAAAGAAAUGAUUUUUCAGCAGAAUCAAAGAAUGGGAACAAUAAGGAUGGAAUUGGGCUUCUGUCAAAGAAGGAACAUGAUGUGGACGCGUUUGCUUGUGAGGAGCUUGUUUCUAAAACCUUGCAGCUCCCACUUCUCUCCAAUUCAUUUUCUACUGUCAAUGACGUGAUAAAGAGCAAAGAACUGGAUAAGAAAUAUUUAUUGAAGGAUGGUCAAGUAGAAGAUGAACCAAUGGACCCAAUGUCCAACCAAGAGGAUGCCUGGGUUGAAAAGCGAAAAUCCAGUUUGGCUGGAAAGGUUCAGGAAGAUAGAAAAGUAAGUUCCAGCGAUGAUGUUUUGGUUCAUCCAAAGAAAGAGGGCCCUUGUAGACGAGAGAAAACUUAUGAAUCAGUAAAAGGUGACUUAAAUGUUUCUAAAGGGAGGAAAGCUUUAAAUACUGAAGUCAUUGACCAUUCAAAGCAGAAGGUCAAUCAGAGGGCUACGUCCCAUGAGGUAGAUGAUACGAGACUACUUUCUGGGAAGGAGUAUCCAUUACCUGCGGAGAAAAAGAAAUCGAAGGAAAGUCACAGGACCCUGGUUGCAGAGUUGCCAAAAGAAAGCUCGAUGGUUGGUUCCUCUUCAGGGCCCAAAAUGAAGAGCACUCAUGUGAACAAUUCUAAUACUGAUCCAGAAAACUUCAAACUAUGUAAAGAUCUUGAUAAAAUCAGGGAUACAGACAGAGGUUUAUUUGGGGACUUUGAUGACGGGAACCAAAUGGAAUUAUUUGAGUUUCCUUCUGAAGAUAAGCUUAAGGACUCCGAUACUGUUGCAAGAAGCACAUCUGCAGUUAACAGUGGAUCAAGGGAGAGACCAAGUGGCAAGAAAAUCGAUAAACCAUUAACUUCAGCCUCAUUUCCUACAACAGCUUCAAAUAUAGCCCCACGCUUUGGAAAUGGACCAAUUUUUGCUGCAGCUCCUGCACUCAUAGAAGAUAAUUGGGUAUGUUGUGACAAGUGUCAGAAAUGGCGGCUUCUUCCACAUGUUACAAACCCGGACAACCUCCCUGAAAAGUGGCUGUGUAGCAUGCUUAAUUGGCUGCCUGGGAUGAAUCGGUGUAGUGUAAGCGAGGAGGAAACAACAGAAAAAACGAAAGCUCUAAUUGCGCAGUGCCAAGUUCCUGCCCCUGAGAGCCAAAAUAAUGUGCCCAGAAAUCCUGGUGGGUUUAUGGAAGGAGAGGCAUUGCCUAAGUCUCGGAACCCUGACCAAAACCUUGAAAGUUUUGGUUUGCAUGCCAUGCCUAGUGGUGGAAAGAAAAAAAAUGGACCAAAAGAAAUGUCAAAUGCAUCUAAUAGAGAUGGUUCCAUUCAGUUGCCAAACUCCAUGAAGAAAAACAUACAGGCAUCAGUGAAGAGUAGAAGCUUGAAUGACGUGAACCAGUCUCCAUUGCUAAGUGAACCAGAUUUGCAGCAGCUAAGCAAAUCCAGUGACAUGGCAGUGGAGAAACGAAAGCAUAAGUACAAAGAGAAGCGUAAAGUUUUAGAGCCCUCUACCAAUGGAGGUGAUAUCAUGGAUUUAAAGAUCAAGAGCAGAAGAGACUCCGAUCCAGAUUCUUCUAGAGCUUCCAAGAAAAUCAAGACUGAAGUUAAGCGUAUUACUGAUGAAGAAUGGGCGUCAGACUACAGUGUGGCAGUAGGGGAGGUAGGUCCUAGCUCAAGUAGUGGUUUUCGGACUGCUGCAGCAGGGAAGGAUCAAAUUAAGAAUAGGCCACAGGCAAUUACAAAAGCAAAAGAUGAAGUUUUAGAUAAUCGAUCCUUAGAUACGGGAAAUUGUGAUUCUAAAGGUAGAUCAAAAAAGAGAAAAGUGAAGGAAUUCCCUGAUACUCAAAUUCAUAUGGGUUCCAUUCCCGCUACAGGGAGCUAUGUCCAGGAUCGUUCAGUCGUUGCAAAGGAGGAGUUUAGUGAGAAUGACUACAGGAAGGAAAAGAAGGCAAGGGCAUCUAGAUCUGACGGGAAAGAGUCUAGUGCAAGCAAAGGAAGUGGUAGAACAGACAAAAAAAACAGCCAUACAAAGAACCAACAACUUAGAAAAGAUAUAAGUAGUGGUCUAACUCACCGGAGUAGGAAUGGUACGGAUUCUUUGAAAAAAGAUUUGGGAUCUGUACAGGUUCCUAUGGCUGCCACUUCAAGCUAUUCCAAAGUUUCUGGUUCCCAGAAAACCAAAUCCAGCUUUCAGGAAGUUAAAGGUUCACCCGUAGAAUCUGUUUCAUCAUCACCUAUGAGAAUCUUGAAUCCUGAUAAGCUUACAUCAGUACACAGGGACCUCGUGGGAAAGGAUGAGGCGCAAGAUGCUGGUCAUUUUGCAAUAGGUAGCCCAAGAAGAUGCUCAGAUGGUGAAGAUGAUGGUGGGAGUGAUCGAUCUGGGACAGCAAGGAGGGACAAAUUUUCCACUGUGGCUAAUCAUGGGUCCCUUGAUUCUUCUGUGCUUGAUUUUCAGGACAGAGAUUCUAAUCACAUAUCUGGUGGUAAAGUUAGAGGACUGGUUGUCCCAUCUCCUGAUAUCACAAAUGGUCUUUCUGUUAAUGGUGCUUUGGGUAAUUCAGGCCAAGAUACUCGGUUCCCUAGUAAACCAUUAGCUUCAAAUCAAUUUGGUGGUGAAGACAGAGAUAAUGGCAACCGUUAUCAUGGUAAUGGUUCUCGCCCAAGAAAGUCAGGGAAGGAUUUCUCUUCUUCACGGUCGAAGGACAAGAAUGGAGGAAGCUUUGAGUCUGAUUUGGACAUGGGUGAGGGCAAGAAUUCUAAUGUUUUCAAUGAACUGCAAGAUCAUUCACUGUCCCAUGGAAUAAAACCAAGGGAUGGUAAAAACAUGUUGCAGGAGAAAUUUGGGCUCAAGUCUGGUGAAACUGAGAACAAAAAUGUCGGCAAGAAAGAUUUUACUGGAAAACCCUCCAAUGAGAGUAGUAAAAGGGAGAGUCAGUCAAAUUUAGGGGGUAAUGAUGGCCCAGAUGUUAGACUAGACGCUAUUUGCAAAAAAGAUGCAAUUUCUACUCUCAAGCAGCAUUCGCUGCAAGACUGUGAUAGUGAAAGGCCUUCAAGGAGGAUUCCUUCUGAAAAAACUGAUCGAGUGGAUACAGGCUCAAUUAGGGGGAAGUCACUACCGUUGCCACCCUCUGGAGGAGCUCAAAAUGAGAUGACGACUCGUUGCCCCCGACCAGCUUCUGGUUCUCACAAAAGCAACGGAGCAGAUAGUAUACAAGUUGAUGCCUCUGAAGGUAAUAAUGCUGUGAAGGUGCAAAUACAGACCAGAAAGGCUGAUAAUCAGAAUGGAACUCAGCAUAUCAGUUCAAGACAUCUUACACAGAAUGGGCACAGGGCCAGGGAUCUUGAUGCCCCUAGUCCAGUCAGAAGGGACUCCAGCAGCCAGGCUGUUACAAAUGCUGUGAAAGAAGCUAAAGAUUUAAAACACCUUGCUGAUCGUCUCAAGAACUCUGGGUCAUCUGAAAGUACGGGUCUUUACUUCCAGGCAGCUGUCAAAUUUCUUCAUGCAGCAUCUCAGUUGGAAUUGACUAACAGCGAGGGCGCCAAGCAUAAUGAGAGCAUGCAAAUGUAUAGUAGCACUGGAAAACUAUGGGAGUUUUGUGCUCAUGAAUACGAGAAAGCCAAGGAUAUGGCUGCUGCUGCUUUGGCCUACAAAUGCAUGGAGGUGGCUUAUAUGAAGGUGAUAUAUUCCUCGCAUGCCAGUGCAAGCAGAGAUCGUCUUGAGUUGCAAAAUGCUUUACAAAUGGUUCCUCCUGGUGAAUCUCCUUCUUCCUCUGCCUCUGAUGUUGAUAACUUAAACAACCCCUCAACGGUAGACAAGGUUGCCUUACCCAAGGGUGUUAGCUCUCCCCAAGUUGCUGGAAACCAUGUUAUUGCUGCCCGAAACCGUCCCAAUUUUCUCAGGAUGCUCAAUUUUGCUCAGGACGUAAAUUUUGCAAUGGAAGCAUCAAGAAAAUCACGGAGUGCUUUUGCAGCUGCUAAUACAAACGUGGGAGACGCUAAGCGUUCAGAAGGCAUCUCUUCCAUUAAAAGGGCUCUUGAUUUCAACUUCCAUGAUGUGGAGGGAUUACUACGUUUGGUGCGGCUCGCGAUGGAUGCCAUUAGCCGUUGAAAGAGUCCAAGUGGUUGUGGGAUGAUUUCAACCCUUGGAAGGUCUGUGAAUCUUUUGUCUCAUGCCUUAAGGAAGGAGGAACAAGAGGCUGACCUUGAUACUUAUGCUGAACUGCUUGGAACUUCUGUCGGGGGACUGGUGGUUUCUGUUCCCGUUUGAAAUACAGAUAAACUCCUAUUCGUUUUAGUUUAUUUGGUCCUAAAAUCUGCUUUCUAGCACAGACAGUGACCAAAGAGGUUAUUCUGAUCUCAAUAUUCAAUAUUCAUUUUGAGGUGUUGUGAACAAUCAUUGAUUAAGGCUCUGCUGAGAAGAUUCUGAGCAACUUCUGAAGGUGGAUAUGCUUCAUCAGGAAUGUGAUGGAGGACAUAAUAGUUGUAUAUAAGGAGAAGAACGUUGGUUCUAAAAACAAUAGGGGGUUUAUUUUAAGUUCCAAAACACAACUUUGGGGCUUCUUUUUUCUUCAGGCUGUUAAUGUCUCUUGAUAAGUUGUUAUCGUGCAUUAUGUGGAGACAACCUGUGGAUGGCAGCUUCCAGUAUGUGCACAAGCUGUCUCACAGUUUACAGAUUGCGACCACACCAACGCUAUGAGAGAGAGUGGAAAAAGAUGAAAAUCGUAGGUUGUCUUCAUCACCCUUGUUGUAGUUAGGAUAAUUAUCCUCUUUGCGUUAAUAGAGAUGAAACCAGAAGAAUAUGUUAUUAGAAAAUUAUUAUCACUGCGAUGCAUGAGCUCGCACUGCUGCACUUGCCCGAGUUUCUUUCCUCAAAGUGGAGACUAUGUAUAUAUACAAAUCAUUGAAUCAAGAUUAUUGAAGAUUCGGCAUGUGUUUCCGUCUGUAAAGAGAAGGGGAUGAUUGGAUAUUAUUAGGUCAUUCCUUCAGAUCAAACAGGCUGAGCAACCGGGAUAGUUGCGGCUGCAGCAGCUCUCGCUAGUAGGCAACUGAGUUUGAUGUGAUUCUCGUUUUCAGUUUUGCCCGAUGCGGGUGGGUAGUAUAGUUUCCAAGUUUCCGUAAAAAUUAUGAAGAUUGAUUACCCAUACUGAUAACAUUUAUUAUAGGUUAAGAUUUAGACAAUAAAAUUUUGAAUUAUUUUUUCAUGAUUUCCCAUAGCGAUUGUAAUUAUCCGGGUUUCAUUAAUAAAGCUUUCGAUUGUUUCAAGUGA